AAAAUCGUUCGUUCAGUCAGUCCACCGAGUUCACGCACACGCUCAUCACGCGCUCGCCGUUUAGAGAGACACAUACAAACACCAAACAUAGACGUUAUUAUUAUCGUAGCACAAUAAAUAAUAUUCGAUUUAUUAUUAUUAUUUGUCCGUUGUUUUUUUUUUUUUUUUUACCCGGGUCGCUGCAGCCCCCGGACGUCGUCUCAAACGCCGAACGAACCACGCAAUUGUACGAUAAACAAACGCGGUUUUGAUCCUUUUGAUUUUUUUUUUUUUUAUACAUUUUUAUAAAACAAUAAUAAUAUAAUAUUAUUUCCGUUUUGGGAAAUACGCACAUGUGACACAAUCUCGCCGUCGUCUUCAGUACGCGCAUUUUUUUCACGCACUGGACACAGACAACCGCGGGUCGUCACGCCACGCAAACUCACGAGUUUCGUUUACGAAUUUAACCGACCGGAUUAUAUACUGUUUAUUGAAUAUAAAACGCUUUUAUCAAAGUUAACGUAGAAAUUUAUUUUUCUAAAAACCACCCUCUAUCAAAUUUUUAUCCGACCGUUUCGUGAAAAAGUAUAAAAAAAAAAAAAAAUCCGUUAUCACAAUGCCGGCCACGUUAUUCUCAGACUUGGAAUUCUCCGCCAACCAUCAUCAGCAGCAGCAGCAGCAGCAACAACAGCAGCACAAGGUGAUCGAGGACACGCGAGCCCUGCAAGUGGCCCUGGAAUUGAGCAUGUUGUACAUUAACGGCGAUCAGCGGCAACAAAACAAGGUGGACAACUCGAUGUCUAGCAACAACAUGGACUCGUCGUCUCUGGUUCAGAGUUACAUUCCGAACGGAUACCCGGACGAGCCGAGGAACAAGAAGAGCCAGAACAUGACGGAAUGCGUGCCGGUGCCCAGUUCCGAACACGUGGCCGAGAUCGUAGGCAGACAAGGUAAUAUGCUUAUUUUUUUACAUCGUAUUUUCUCCCCCCCCCUCCACCCCGGGGGGCGCUUCGUUGUACAUUAUCGUUUAUUAUUCUUUUAUUUACCCGACGCGUCAGUGUUCGGUAAUCGUUCGGUCCGUUACCGAAUAAUUCCGCAUUGGUAUCGGUAUUGUGUUGCCCGGCGCGUGUUAUUUCGGGCGGCCGGGGAUUCCGAACGGGGCUUAUCUGUCGCGUAAUCGGACAUUAGGUCACACAAUUGUAAUUAUAUUACAAUAACACGCUGCGUCCGGGGGACUUUCGGCUGUAUUUCGGUUACGGAUUUAGCCCGACUACUUGUUGAUCCCGGUUUGUCCGGUGCCGCCCGACGGCCGUUUAUUAUUAUACCGAUCGUAUUAUUAUUAUUAUUAUUUCCGACCGUUUUAUCGUCGCAAAGCUGUCGGUGUUCGUUUCGCGAUGAAAUAUAUUCGGUUUUCGUUAUAUUGAUUAUCGCGUUCUAUUUCCCCCCCCUCCCCCCGGGUUGUGGGAGGAGGGGGAGGGGGUCUCAUCGUCGCGUUUCUCUCGCCGGUCGGGAUUUUCGCGCGGUUUCAAUACACCCCGCCGGUUGAGCAAUCCGAUCCUCCGACAGCCCCUAUGAGAAACGAAAAUAAAAAAAAAAAUUUAAAAAAAAACACCUAUAAAGAUGCCGGCCGGUACGCCCGUAGUAUUAUUAUGUAUAACGACAAUAUUAUUAACAACGAAACCGGUCGUCAAGUUUCAUUGAACAAAAGCGUCGUGCGUCGCGUGUACGUACGGGAGAGAGCACGUUGUGUGUGUUCGCGCCGCGCGUUCCACACGGCGAGACAGCUGGCAGGAAACGGCCGGGGCGCCUCCUGUUCUCCGCCGGGUAAAGACCUCGUGGUCUCCGAACACGCACGCACACGAAAACAAUAUCGUCGGUAUCGGUUAUGCCCGGGUUUGCGCGCCGCCCGCCCGCCUAUCCGAUCCGUGCGGGUGUGUGUGUGUGUGUGUGCGUGUGCGUGUAUGUGUGUGUCAGAUGGCGUUCGAGUUUUUUUUUUUUUUUUAUUAUUAUUAUUAUUAUUCGUUUUUAACCUCGACGACGACGGUUACGACUUCUCGUACAACCUUGAAACCGGUAGAACAUCGUAACGUCGGGAAAAAGAUGCCCUGUAAAAACCGAAUUUUCCGUGAUUUAGCGGUCGCGUUUUUCCGCCAUACUCCCCCCCCCUCCUCCAUCCCUCCCCGAGAGAAAUAACGUAACCCCUAGCCACCCCCGCGUCAAAAAAAAAAAAAAAAAAAAAAACAAAUACUGUAAUCGUUAACGUCGCCGCCAAUUAGGGGGCCCCCGGACCGUUGACCUAAUGACGCACCGGUGUGUGGUUACCAAGGCCACAGGCAAAACAUUCGGCUCGUAGAAUACUUGUGCAUUUUUAUUCGUUUUGUGUGUGUGUGCGCGCACGGUAAAAACUACGGAAUAAUAAUAACAGAAAAAAAAAAAAAAAAAAAAAAAAAACAUUGUCUAAUAAAACACGGACAAUGCGGCGGCGAGUCCGAGUUCCCGCCAAACGGACAACAAUCUCGCAUUCGCCGCCGCCGUCCCAGUCCCAAGGUUGUUGUUGUCGGUUCGUAUUAUUAUACACGCUAGUCGUCGUCGCCGCCGUGUGUGUGUGUGUAUGCGUAAACCACGUGGUUGUUUCGUACAUCGGCCGUUUGUGCGUGUUGGUACCGCAUGUCUUCCCUCACGACAAUAAAUCGAGAAAUCGUCGAUUUUUAUAUUAUUUCUCGACGGCGGGCGGGUGGGGUGUGCGGGCCGGGUCGCCGCAGCCGCGUUGCUCGGGAAGUCAGGUGGUCGUGAAACGAGAUGAAAAAAAAAAAUUAGACCGUUUCCCCGACGGGUAUAUACCAUGAGAAUGCGCCAGCUGCCCAACGUGGGGUUGGUUGGUCGGUGGACCGCAUUCGCUCGGGUUCACAAUGCUUUUAUAUUUUUUUUCCUCGUGUACGUCUGUGCGCGCGUUCGUGUGGUACCUGUUCACUGCUCUCUGGGUACCUGUGUUAAAACCGUGCGACCCGGACGGCGUUUUGAACUGCGAACCUCCAACAACAAUAAUAAUAAUAAUAAUAAUAAUAUCAUAACCUCCUCCUUCCCCUCCUCCUACUCCUCCCGCGCAACAUCCACACCGCCGUCGUGGUCCGCGAUCGACUCGUCGGCGAGAAGGUGGAGGGAGGACCGACCGACCGACCGACCGAGUGGUGUGUGCGUGUUACCUAUACACAACAAUACGUAGUUUUUAUUUUUUUUUUGUGCGCGCGUCUUCCCGUUUAAAGGAAUUUUUAUUAAUAAUACAACAAAAAGAGGAGAAACGCACCGCACAAUCGCGGCGGACGGAUCUCGUCGUUAUUUUUCCGUCAGAUACCGCUUUUGAGAUUAACGAAACGAAAACGUUCAGUAUAGAAAAAAAAAAAAAAAAAUUAUUUUGUAGGCGCGCAAGACGGUGAAGGGGCGGGCGGGAAAGGACCGAACGGCGGCCGCAGAGCUGAUUAAUCGUUUUUUUUUUUUUUUUUUCUUAUAUAUUUCUCGUUUCGCCCGGCGCCCCGAACGCGCUCGGUAAAUUUCGGUAAGACAAUUAAACGGACAGAAAUUAACUAUUGUAGCGCCGCAGCCGGUGCACGUACGGGAUAGGAGAUCGUACGGCGAAAACGGGCACGUGUAAUUCGGUGUAAAGGGGUCGCGCACCCAUCGCGCGUUACCGCGGCGCGUGCAAGACGAAAUCGAUAUUGCAGUCUGGGCCGACCGCUCGCCCCUACACGCCAGCCCCCCCCCCUCUUCCCCGCAUCCGCCCGCCCGGUGCUCGGUACGUUACUCGCGCGUCGGGGUGUGUCGCCCGCACGACCGUUUGCCGCGUCGCGGGGACCGCCGAAAAUAGUUACACCUGUGCGCUCGCGUCGAUCUUUGGCGGAUAGCCCGCCGGUCGGUUAGAAAACCGCGGUCGAUUUUCCCGUUUCGUUCGCGUAUUAUUCGUUAUGUAUCGGAUUUCGAGUAAAAAGUCUGGGUGGGGUGGGGCGGGGGCGCGUUACUCUUGAAAUCGUAUCCGCGACACCCCCGGGGCAAAGCACUCGGGGCGCCGCGUGGCUGUUUUCGCGUGCGAACCGUAAUUCCUUGACGCGUUAGUAGUAUUACCCGCGAUCGUGUUUCGCGCGUCGGCGUGCGUAGUGUUUGGUACGGCCGUCCGUCCGCCGCUCUACCGUCCGGGCGGGUGGCGCGAGAGAUUACGCUGCCGUUUCUCCCUGGAAAAGCACACCGCCGCCCACACUCCCCCUGUUCGCGCGCCGCGCGCACACACGAGCGGGCGCGCGCGCCACUUUCCCAUGGCAACGGAUGUUGUCGCCUUGGAUACCGGUGUAUAGUCGCUCCCCUCGGCGGCGGCCGUUCGCCGGCGAAACCGAAGCUCACGUGUGCGCCGGCCAGUGCGUUUCGCGCGACGACGGUAACGCGCACGAAUACCGCCCUACCCCCCUACCCACCCCCUCCCACACAAACACGCGUCCGCCGCGUAUCCCUCUGCCGUGGCGGGCGAAUUGAUUUGUGUAGGCCGUUCACCCUGGCUCGCGCUCAGACGCGCCUACCGCCGUCCGACCGUCCCUUCCCUCGUCCGCUCACCGGUAUUGUUUCGCCGCGGUGAUGGGAAGUGUUUACGGGGCUCGUGAACUAUUAAUUCGCUCCGUCGCGGCGCGGCGAGAGAUUUCGUUGUUGUUGUUGUUGUUGUUUCCCCCCCCCCCGGAUAAACGUCCGACGAAAUAUUUCAAUCGCGUAUCGAGUUCCGUAAGCGUCGUUGUAUCAUUAUUAGACAAUACGGAUCUGGUUGUUGUUAUUAUUUUUCCUUACGAUUUUCGUCCCGGGGAAACGAUCGCCGCGGCGGCGUGUCGGACGGGAAGCGGCCGCGGUGCGGGCGGGUCGGGUAACACAAUGCCGACGGUAGUGUCGGCGGCGGUUCAAAUAAUAAUUGUAUAUUAUUACGUUAUAGUUAUACAGUGUGUAUUAUUAUUAUUAUUAAAUAAUGCGCGCGCGGUGGACCGGCUGCGGGGCCGCCUCGUCGUUUGGCGAGGUUGGAGACAAAGCGCCGGUUGAACUGCCUCUACCAAGGUGAGCGGCGUCCGCUUUCCACGGGUUCCCGGCGGACUGUUAAACGCUUCCUCCCCGCCCCUCUCUCCCGCGCCGGACCCGCUCGCCGACGCCUCCCGAUAAUAACGCACCUCGUUAAUUUUAUAACGACGCGGCGGGCGACGAAAUCGAUACCACCCCCUACGCGUCUGGUGCCUACCGAGUUACAGCGCGUAACCCCGGCGGGUCGGGGGCGAAGGGGACCCUUGUCCGUGCCGGCCGGCCGCGCGCCCGUGCCGCAGACGUAAAUUUUUUAAUGAUAACUCGGUGUGUCCGUCCGUCAGGUUGCAAGAUCAAGGCAUUGCGCGCCAAGACCAACACUUACAUCAAGACGCCUGUCCGCGGCGAGGAACCCGUGUUUGUUGUGACCGGACGCAAGGAAGACGUGACCAAGGCCAAGAAGGAAAUACUGUCGGCCGCCGAACAUUUCUCGCAAAUCAGAGCUUCGCGCAAGAACAUGGCCGGGACCCUGUCUCCGCCAGGACCCCCCAGCGUUCCCGGACACGUAACAAUCCAAGUAUGUAUCGUUCGCGUUUCACGCGCAACAAAACGGCUCGUACAAACCUAAACUAAUAACAUUUAUUUCCCCGCGCGUUCAGGUUAGAGUACCGUACAGAGUGGUCGGUCUUGUGGUGGGCCCAAAAGGAGCGACAAUCAAGCGUAUUCAACACCAAACUGGCACGUAUAUCGUAACUCCUAGCCGUGACAAGGAGCCCGUGUUCGACGUCACUGGCCUGCCCGACAGCGUCGAGACUGCCAAGCGCGAAAUUGAAGGCCACAUUGCCCUGCGCACUGGCAACGGCAUGACAGACGAAGAAAACAGCGUUGCUCUGGCUGCUCUUUGUAAAUCCAAUCCGUUGGCCGGUCUUUUCGAUCUUACAGACUCCAUGGGUCCUGCUAUACUGUCCGGCAGUUCGGGAUGCAGCUCCGGUUCAGUGAGCUCAUGCGGAUCCGGCGUCUCGGCACUGGGUGAUUUGGGAAACAUAUGGUCGGACGAAGGCAUCGGCGGUGAUUCGCCUUCUUUUGAAAACGUCGGCCUCUGGGGUGGAUUUAUAGGGUCUUCCAGACCGUCGCCAGCGAGUUCAACAUCUCCGCCGCCGAACAAAAAGACUUGUAUGGUAUGCCACAUGAGAGACAUUGACGCUGCUCUAGUUCCUUGCGGUCACAACUUGUUUUGCUUGGACUGCGCAUCGGGCGCUUGCGAUUCAAACGGACUAUCACAUUGCCCAGUGUGCAAGAUACCAGCGCGCCAAGCCAUUCGCAUCAUCUCUUAAGGAAAGGACUAACAAACAAAAAGUACCAUAAUAAAACCCUUUUAUUUAGUACCUAAAUGAUUCCUAAAAACCAAUCCAAACAUUUUAGUAUUAAAAUUAGAUUAUAGUAGGUAGUAAACAAUACAUAAUAAUAUCACUCUAUUCAUUGGAAUGAAAAAAAGGGAUUCAAUCAAAGGCUGAUUGAUUUUAAUUGACAAACAUUACAAAACGAGUCAUAUUUUUUUUAUUUAAUUAUUAUUAUUAAAUUAUUAUUCUUUUUAAAGAAUUUUUAUUAUUAUCCAUUUGGUUAUUGUGUAUUUUGUUGAUAAAAUAUGUUAUUUGUUUAGUUUUUUUUUUUUCUCAAAAAUUGACCCGACGAUCUCCAUGAGAAGUCGUAACUAGAAUUUCUCGCCAGAAAAAUGUGGCAUUUAAUAUCGAUUUUGCCAGUGUUAGUGAUUAAUAAUUUAUUAUCAACAAAUGUUUUCUCUUUGAGUUUUUUUUUAAUUUUUUACUAGGUGUUAGAUUUAUUUUAAAUACAAUUACUGUGAACAAACGUUAACGAUUUGUUUCAGUUUUUCUCACGACUGCGUAAAAUUAUAAUAAUGUAUACUGACAUAUCCCUUGUUAAGUUUUUAUACAGAAACAAUUUUAAAGAAAAUUAACAGCACCUACCUCCAAUACCCUUGGAACUUGGUGCUAAAUAUAAUUUUUUUUUUCUUCACAGUUUACAAAGAGUUAGAAAUAUAUGUAAAAUAAUUUUAUUAUAUAUUAUUAAAGGUGUGCAUAACAUAUAUAUAUAUAUAUAUAUAUGUAUUACUCGAAGUUUAAUUUACAUCCGUUUGAGCAAUGGUCAUUUUUAUUAUUUUCUUUCGUUUUUUUUUUUUUUUAACGCAAAUAAACAAUUGAAAGAUUUCUAUAUUAUAUAUUAUAUUUUAUAAAUUAUUUUAAAAAUAUUGUUCCAUUCCGAAGCGGCACAUUUUAAUAGAGUACAGGUGCGGUGAUCAGGCUGUGAUUUUAAACUGCCAAUUUUCUCCUUUACCUCGACACCCCACCGUUAUUAUAAACACUCAAUUUAGAAUUUUUUUACUAGCUAAUUAAAGCUCAAUUUGACACUACAAUACAAUCAUUCGAUGAAGUAGAUAAAAAUGAAAUAAAUAAGUAGGUAUAAUUAGUGCCUACGCCCGACCAAUUUGGUAGGGAAUGAAAAACGGGUCAUUUUUAAUUGUACAAAAUACACAAGCAUUUUGAAGGCAAUUGAAAAUAUGUACCUACAUUUUAUAUCUACUUAUAUAUAAUUUAUAAUUUUUAUAUUAAAAACAAAUAUUUUAUUAUUGUAAGUCCUAAUAUUGCCAAAUUUGAAAACCUCGAACAUUAAAAUGUGCCAUUUCGUGUUUAAAAAAAUAUAUAAAAA